AUGACCGAGGACGUCUCAGCGCUGCCUCUCCGGCCCGGCACCAUCACUGUCGCCAUCGACCCUGUCGCGCUGGUAGUGACAGAAUGCAUCACCGUGACUUCGGCGAUGCGCAAGCACGCCCGCUGGGCACACUCGUCCAUCUCCUCGAUUCUCGGCUCCAGCAGCAGCAGCAACAGCCCGCGAGCACCUCCUACCGACGCCAGAGCAUCGAACCACGACCGGAACCGCGCCUCGAGCAAGAUCGACUUGAUUGAAGAUGAUGGAUCGCUAACCUCACGGUGGGGGCUACGCGGGAAGAAGGGACAGAGUCUACAGGAUAACCCUCUCAUGAGCGCGUUCGCGAAGCUGAGAUCGGACCUGAAGCACUGCAGGGAGAUUCAGACGUCUGAGGCGUCGGCUCUCCUGCAGCCUUUCCUGCAGGUGAUUCGCAGUUCCUCGACCACCGCGCCCAUCACGAGCCUGGCUUUGAUCGCCAUCACCAAGAUGCUGGCGUAUAACAUCGUCAACCCUUCGAGCCCGAACUUUGGGUAUGCGAUGCAGUUGCUCGCGAGCACCGUCACUCACUGUAGAUUCGAGGGCGACAAUAGCCCGAGCGACGAGGUGGUGUUUCUGCGGAUACUCAAAUUGAUGGAGGAUAUGAUUUGCGGGUCCUCCGGGGAGGUGCUGGGCGAUCAGAGCGUGUGCGAGAUGAUGGAGUGCGCGCUGUCGAUUUGCUGUCACUUGCGGAUGAGCGAGGUGUUGAGGCGGAGCGCAGAGAUCAGCAUGGUCACGAUGUGUCAGACGAUCUUUGGGAGGCUGAAGACGCUCGAGACGGAGUUGCCGGAGGGCGAGGAUGUCGCGGCGAUGGAUGAGAAGGUUGGGCAGGAUGAGAUGGAUGCGGCGAAGAUUGAUAGUGCGCCGAAUGGGGAUUUUGGACCGGAUGCGAUGAAGCAGGUCAGGCAUAGUAGUCUGGAGGUUCCCGGCGUUACGAAUGGGUCUUCUGGUGGGAGACCUUCUGAGGAUGCGGCGAGUGCGAGCCAGAUUGAUCUCUCGAAGACGGCUGAGGAGGCGUCGGCGGUGGAUGUCAGGCCUUAUGGUUUGCCGUCGAUCAGGGAGCUCUUCCGCGUGCUGGCUGAUUUACUGGAUCCCCAUGAUCGACAACGGACCGACACACUACGAGUGAUGGCUCUCCGGAUCGUCAACGUGGCUCUGGAAGUGGCAGGACCCAGCAUCGCGAACCACCCCAGCCUGGCGUCCUUGGCGAAGGACACCCUCUGCCGGAACCUCUUCCAGCUCGUGCGCUCGGAGAACAUCGCCAUCCUGCACGAAUCGCUCAGAGUAGCCGGAACAUUACUGGCGACGUGCAGGAGCGUUCUCAAGCUGCAGCAGGAGUUAUUUCUGUCGUACGUGGUGGCGUGCCUGCAUCCCCGCGUGCCGAUCCCAGAGGAGCCGAACAUCGAUCCAUCGCUGUACCAGGGUGUGCCGACGACGCCUACGCUCGUGCGACAGCAGACGAAUCCUCCGGCGGGUGGGCCUGGUACGCCGGCCAGUGGAAGGUCGACGCCGGUGCCUGUGAGAGAUCGGCAGAAGUUGGGUAUGGAAGGUGGGUCGAGGAAGCCUGAUGCUCGCGAGGCGAUGGUGGAGAGUGUGGGUGGGCUUGUUCGCAUUCCCAGCUUCAUGGUCGAGCUGUUUGUGAACUACGAUUGCGAGAUUGAUCGGAGUGAUCUCUGCCAGGAUAUGGUUGGGUUGCUUUCGAGGAACGCUUUCCCAGACUCUGCGACUUGGAGUACCACGAAUGUACCGCCGCUGUGUUUGGACUCACUCCUUGGGUAUGUGCAGUUCAUUGCGGAGAGACUGGACGAUGAGCCUGCUACUCUGGGCCUGCCUGAGAAGAAGAAAUUGCAGGAACAGAGGCAGAGAAAGAGGAUUAUCAUUCGAGGCGCGACCAAGUUCAACGAGAGUCCGAAGGGAGGCAUUGCGUUCCUGGCGUCUCAGGGGAUCAUCGAUGAUCCGAAUGACCCACAUUCAGUCACCAGCUUCUUGAAGGGAACGACCAGGAUCGACAAGAGGGUUUUGGGAGAGUUCAUCUCGAAGAGAUCGAACGAAGCCAUUCUGGAUGCUUUCAUGGAUCACUUUGACUUCAAGCAUCUCCGCGUUGAUGAAGCACUGCGGGAGAUCCUCAGCAGUUUCCGACUUCCCGGCGAAUCUCAACUGAUUGAGCGCAUCGUGACGUGCUUCGCUGGGAAGUACUUUGAAGCGGCCAAGCCGGAGCAUAUUGUCGAGCAGGAUGCGGUUUACAUCCUCACGUACGCCAUCAUCAUGCUGAAUACCGAACUCUACAAUCCGAACUUGAAGUCGGCGAAUCGCAUGAAUGCGGAGGGCUUCUCGCGGAACUUGCGCGGCGUCAAUGGCGGCAAGGACUUUGAUCCUGAAUAUUUGCAGGAGAUUUUCGAUGCCAUCAAGUCGAGGGAGAUUGUGCUUCCUGAAGAGCAUGACAACAAGCAUGCGUUCGAGCACGCUUGGAAGGAGCUUCUUGUCAAGACGCAGACGGCGGAGAACCUAGUCAUCUGCGAGACGAACUUGUACGACGCAGAUAUGUUCGCCGCGACUUGGAAGCCCAUCAUCGCAACACUGAACUACGUCUUCGUGUCUGCGACGGAAGACGCUGUUUUCCAGCGCGUCAUUGCCGGCUAUAACCAAUGCGCACAGAUUGCGGCCAAGUACGGGAUCUCUGAAUGCCUGGAUCAUCUCAUCUUGAGCUUGGCGAAGAUCAGUACCCUCGCUACUGAACAACCGCCUAGUACAACGCUGAACACGGAGGUUCAGGCUAGUGGGAAGAGUAUUAUGGUCAGCAAGUUUGCGGUUGACUUUGGGAGGGAUAAUAAGGCGGAGCUGGCGACGUUGGUGCUGUUUAGGAUUAUCAAUGGCCAUGAGGGGGCUAUUCGCGAUGGGUGGACGCAGAUCGUCCGCAUCAUCGUGAACUUGUUCGUCAAUUCGCUGGUGCCGACGUCGUUCACAUCCAUCUCCAGGGAUCUGGAUCUGCCGCCUAUACCGCUGCAAUCUCCUGCGCAGGUCAUUGAGCGAAACGAUAAAUCGGCGGAUGUGGGACUGUUCAGUGCUUUCACGAGCUAUGUGAGCAGUGUCAUGAAUGACGAACCUCCUGAACCGAAUGACCAGGAGAUUGAGGCGACGCUGUGCACCGUGGACUGUAUCAACGAAUGCCAUUUCGAGCAGAUCUUGGGCAAUGUUAGCGAGCUUCCGGUCGAGUCGCUGAAAUCGCUGACGAUGUCCCUGCUUUCGCAUUUGCCGGAGCAGGACUCGCCGAGGGUCAUUGCUGUCAAGCCUGAGUUGCCUGCGCCGACGCCGGUGCGUACCAAUGGGACCAAGACGAGGGAUGAGCCGCCGGUUUAUAAUCCUGCUGUGGUGUACGUUCUCGAGCUGGCUACGAUACUGGCUCUACGAGACGAGGACACCAUCACUGCGCUGGGAUCUGAGGUUGCGGAGGCGUUGCAGACGGUCAUCAGAGAUGCUGACCAUCUGCACCCUGUGGCUUUGAGCCGGACGGUGUUCUAUUUGCUCAGUCUUCUACGGGCCAGCAAUGAUCAUGGCUAUAUUCGUACGCCUGUGGUGCUGCAUGCGAUCUCCAGCUUCCGCAACGACUUGCUGAAGCAGUGUGCACAGCCUAUUCUGAAGGGUCUGCAUGGCUGCAUCAGUGGACCUACUGAGUUGCGGAAUGAGAUGGCGGCCAGCCCUGACUUUUGGGUUGUACUUCACACGCUCCAGCAGGAACCAGAUGCCGCGGCGCUGGUCUUCCAGACUGUUGAAGCUGUGGCAGAUGGAGCAAACCCUGCCAUCACACCCGACAACUACGAAGCUUGCGUCGCUCUUCUCAAUGCCUUCGCUACAGCCGGGAGCGUAGGCGCUCGAGCAGAGCAACAACGCGAGCGAGAAAUGGCAGCAGGACGACGCGGCCAACAAAAGGACUCGACGCCCGAAAAGAAACCCACCAAAAAACCCGAAGCCGUCGUCCGCGGCACCAAAGCGCUCACGCUCGUCGCCCAACUCGCCAGCCACGUGCCCCUCCACAUCCAAAAAUCGCAGCUCGAAACCAACGCCGCCUGGAAAGCGUACUGGUCGCCCGUCUUCCGCUGCCUCGCAACGCAAUGCGUCAACCCCUGCCGCGAGAUCCGCCACAAAGCCUUCACGUGCCUCCAACGCUGCCUCCUGUCCCCCGAGCUCGCCUCCCCGGACCACACGGAGUGGACCAACAUCUUCGGCGAGGUCCUCUUCCCCCUCAUCCACCAGCUCCUGAAACCCGAGACCUACCAAACCGACCCCUACCCCGCCGGCAUGGCGGAGACGCGCGUGCAAGCGGCGCAGCUGCUCUGCAAGAUUUUUUUGCAUUACCUCGUGCUCCUGUCCGAGUGGGACGGCGUGCUGGGGCUGUGGGUGAAGAUUUUGGAGAUUAUGGAUCGGUUGUUGAAUAGUGGGCAGAGUGAUGGCGGGGUGUUGGGCGAGGCGGUGCCGGAGAGUUUGAAGAAUAUUUUGUUGGUUAUGGGGAGUGGGGGGUAUUUGGUGCAGGCGACGGCGAAUGGGGGGAGUGGUGGGGAGGAUGGGAGGAGUGAGUUGCAGAAGGAGUUGUGGAGGGAGACGAGGGAAAGGUUGGAGAGGUUUUUGCCCGGGUUGAUGGGGGAGGUUUUUCCUGAGCCGGAGGUGGAGGUGGAGGUUAAGACUGAGGAGGUGGUAAGGGGAAAGGAGGGUGUUGAGGGAGAGGAGACGGAGGUCGAGGGGAAGGAGGAUGAGGAGGUUGCGUACGAAGAGGAGAAGGAAGGGUUGUUAUGA